UUUUUAUAAAAUUUGCGAAAUGUCCACAAUUGCCUCCACCCAUGAUGAUACAUAUUCUCAGAGGAGCAGUAGCACCCAGAAUGACCACCGCCCAAGAGAAGAAGAGGAUAGCAACGAGGUCAGGAUGACUGACAGAUACUUCAAGACCCUCUUUAGGAAUAAUUUUGGCCUUUACUAUAACACUUUUGAGCUCAAUGAGAAGUUAUAUUUACAUUACAAGGGCUUCACAAGAAUAGAAAAUUUGGAAAAAUUUCCAGACCUCAAGUGUAUCUACCUCGAAGGAAAUGGUUUCACAAAGAUAGAGGGACUAGACACCAAUGUAAAGAUAAGAUCCUUGUAUAUCCAAGAGAAUCUGUUUGAGAAGAUAGAAAAUUUGAAUCAUCUGAAAGACCUCCAUUACUUGAAUUUGAAUGAUAACUACAUCACUACAAUUGAGAACUUGGCUGGAAUUGAGGACCUCAACACACUGCAGAUCAAGAAGAACAAGGUCGGAAAGAACGGCUUAAGUGACGUUAUGGGACUUCUAGACGUUCUUAGUCUCUCCGUCCUCGACAUCUCAGAGAACUUUAUCGACGACCCAGCUAUCAUCGAAGAAGUCUUUGCUAAGAUGCCUAAUCUUAAAGUGCUAUAUCUAAAAGGUAACCCUGUCUGUAAAAAGAUCAAGUACUACAAGAAGACAGUAAUUGCAAAGCUUCCUCAAUUGACUUACUUGGAUGACUCUCCGGUCUUCCCAGAAGACCGUCGCUAUGCAGAGGCCUUCUACAGAGGCGGUAUGCCUGAAGAAAGAGAGGAACGCAAGAAGAUCAAGAAGGAAAAAGACGAUGAGCAUUGGAGAAACCAUAAUGCAUUCAGAGAAAUGAUAAGAAAAGCUAAAGAGAGAAAGCAACAAGAAGAAGCAAAGAAAGCUGAACUGAAGAAGGAAAAAGAUCAGGAACAGGAAAAUGAACAACAACUUGAUCAGGAAUCAUCUGUUCAGCCUGAGAAAGAAGAGAAAUUGAAAACAGAGAAUGAAAAGAUGCCUAAAGAAGAAACUAAGGAAGAGCUUAAAGAGGAGGUCAAAGAAGAAUCAGAUGACCUCCCACCUGAGCUUGAGGAAGUCACUCCUGAGCAAUUGGCUAAAGAGCAAGAACAGUCAAAAGUUAAAAAUUUGAUCGACCAAUUAGCUUCAAAGCAGCCUGAAGUAGUAGAAGAAGAAAAAGCCUCUGACAAAAGUCAUAGUACUGUUGAUGUGAAUGAUAUCAAUGUGGACAAUAGCAACUCUAUUAAUCUCUCUGUUACUUCUGAGACCUCAGACCCUCACAAAGUAAAGGCUGAAGACUCUCUAAAUCAUAGCAGAGUCUCAGAAAGCGAGGAGGAGAAACACUUAGAGGAUUCAGCAAGUGAUGCUGAAGAGUCUGCUAAGACAGAGCCUGGACAGGCUCAAGACAAGCUGAAUGGCAGCCAGAGCUCUAACCUCAACCAUUCAAAUCAAAAACCUCAUGAUGAUGAUGGAGAUUAUCUUGAUGAGUUAGAUUAAAUUCUGGAAUGGGAAUUCUUUUCAAUCUUGGC